AUGGAAGCGCCAGAGCAACCAGUUAUUCCUCGACAAGCGCCACGACCACUUACGACUGAUGAAUCAAUACGCAGUCAUGUACGAAUGUUAAUGGAAGGUGAUCGACUUGGAACGGACGAGUUAUUUGGAGCACUGAACGAAUUCUUUGAUGAGCAAAAUUAUUCAUCAUCACAGCGAAUUACUUGCGCACAGAUGUUUUUAAACGACGAAGGAAAAGCCUGGUACGAACAAAAGAAAGUCGAAAUCAACGAUGACUGGUCACUCUUUUGUGAGCAAUACAAGGGACAUUUACAAAGCUGCCGGCAAAGUAGUACACGUCCACGGAGUAAAAAAUUACCAGCCAGUAAUGAAUCACCAUACACAUUGGAAGAUAUCAUCGAUGAACAUUUCAACAAAUAUUCAGGUAUUGGUGAUGCAAAAAGUUGGUUGUUGGAAACUAUGAAUCAAUUCAAAGUACAGCAAUUACGACGUGAUGACCAAUUCACCGCGAUAUCUUUACUAUUGGAAGAAGAGGCCUAUUUAUGGUAUGUGACAAACAUCGAAACGAUUCUGAAUUUUGAAAUAUUCACCAAAUUAUUUCUUGAACAAUAUGCAUCGACAACGACGUCAACGACAAAUUCUAUCAAGGGUACUGGUGCAUCAGCGUCUAUUGUACCUGCUCAUUCACCUAUAUCGCAUCUACAACGAACCAUGGCUGAUGAGAUAAUCAAACGGCCGACGUAUUUUCGUGGCUCACAAGAUGAUGUACAUGAUUGGUUAGAAAAAUUGGAACAACGAUUCACGAUGGCACACUGGAACGAUGAAAACAAGUUACAGUACAUAUCGAUACAUCUACAAGAAGAUGCCUAUCGAUGGUGGAUGCAGACAUCUGUCACAAUCAAGCCUUGGUCCUCGUUCACAGAUGCAGUAAUACGUACUUUUGGUUCAACACGAGCACAGGAAUUAGCGUUUGAACAAUUGAGGUGGUACAAACAAACGAUCAACCAGUCUAUCACUCAAUAUUACGACAAGGUUAUCGAAUUAUGCAAGAAAGUUGAUCCUACGAUGCCUGAUUCUUUGAAGUUAAAAUAUUUGUUGGCUGGAGUUAAGGAGUCAUUGAAAACACAUGUUGCGU